AUGAAUGAACUGUCAUGGGGCACGAAAAUAAAAUUAUUAAAAGACAGUAAACCUAACAAUCGACGCGUUGGCAUAUCAAUGUUACAAAUGCCAGAUACAGAUGAAGUUAAGAAAACGGAGACUAGAUCAGAAGAUGAUAGUAUGAAAAUGAAACUUUUCAGACUUAUGUAUGAAACUGUUAGAGAUAGUGAUACUAAAGUGAAAAGGGCGGAAUUAAUAAAGGCGCAUUAUACAAACUACACGACAUUUGAAUUUGGUUUCAUUGUCGGUGAUCUACUGGACAAGUUCAAUGUGAUGUCCGAUAUAGCAGUGACGAUGAAAAGACUCUACAAAGAUUGGAAACCCAUGGAACAUAUAAAUGCAUAUGAGCAAAUAGCUAACAAAGCCAUAGAAAUUAAUCACUUAAUAGAUAUUAUUAAGGUUAUCAAUAAGAAAGGAACGCUAUCAAAUUCUAAAUGA